AUGAUUCCUUUCUUACCCAUAUUUUCUCUACUCUUGCUGGUUGUUGUUAACUCUGCAAAUGCCAAUGGCCAUUAUGACAAGAUCUUGGCUCAUAGCCGAAUCAGGGGCCGGGAUCAGGGCCCAAAUGUCUGUGCCCUUCAACAGAUUUUAGGCACCAAAAAGAAAUACUUCAGCACUUGUAGGAACUGGUACCAAGGUGCCAUCUGUGGAAAGAAAACGACAGUGUUAUAUGAAUGUUGCCCUGGUUAUAUGAGAAUGGAAGGAAUGAAAGGCUGCCCAGCAGUUAUGCCUAUUGACCAUGUUUACGGCACUCUGGGCAUCGUGGGAGCCACCACAACACAACGCUAUUCUGAUGUCUCAAGACUGAGGGAAGAGAUUGAAGGAAAGGGAUCAUUUACUUAUUUUGCACCGAGUAAUGAGGCUUGGGACAACUUGGAUUCUGAUAUCCGUAGAGGUUUGGAGAGCAAUGUAAAUGUUGAAUUAUUGAAUGCUUUACAUAGCCACAUGGUUAAUAACAGAAUGUUGACCAAGGACUUAAAAAAUGGCAUGAUUAUUCCCUCAAUGUAUAACAAUUUGGGACUUUUCAUUAACCAUUAUCCUAAUGGGGUUGUCACUGUUAACUGCGCUCGAAUCAUCCAUGGGAACCAGAUUGCAACAAAUGGUGUUGUACAUGUCAUUGAUCGUGUCCUUACGCAAAUUGGUACCUCAAUUCAAGACUUCAUUGAAGCAGAAGAUGAACUCUCAUCUUUUAGAGCAGCUGCUAUCACAUCUGAUAUUCUGGAGGCCCUUGGAAGAGAUGGUCACUUCACUCUCUUUGCUCCCACCAAUGAGGCUUUUGAGAAGCUUCCACGAGGUGUCCUAGAAAGGAUCAUGGGAGACAAAGUGGCUUCUGAAGCCCUCAUGAAGUACCACCUUUUGAACACCCUCCAGUGUUCUGAGGCAAUUAUGGGAGGAGCAGUCUUUGAGACUCUGGAAGGAAACACCAUUGAGAUAGGAUGUGACGGUGACAGUAUAACAGUAAAUGGAAUCAAAAUGGUGAACAAAAAAGAUAUCGUGACAAAUAAUGGUGUUAUCCAUUUGAUUGAUCAGGUCCUAAUUCCUGAUUCUGCUAAACAAGUUAUUGAGCUGGCUGGAAAUCAGCAAACCACUUUCACAGACCUUGUGGCCCAACUAGGCUUGGCAUCUGCUUUGCGGCCAGAUGGAGAAUAUACUUUGCUGGCCCCUGUGAAUAAUGCGUUUUCAGAUGAUACUCUGAGCAUGGAUCAGCGGCUUCUUAAAUUAAUUCUGCAGAAUCACAUACUGAAAGUAAAAGUUGGGCUUAAUGAGCUUUACAAUGGACAAAAACUUGAAACCAUUGGAGGCAAACAGCUCAGAGUCUUUGUCUAUCGAACAGCUGUCUGCAUUGAAAAUUCAUGCAUGGUGAGAGGAAGCAAACAAGGAAGAAAUGGUGCCAUUCACAUAUUCCGAGAGAUCAUCAAACCAGCAGAGAAAUCCCUCCAUGAGAAACUAAAACAAGAUAAACGCUUUAGGCAUCAUUGGUUGGGACAAAUAAGGUCCAAUCUCCAGGUUGUGUCAGGAGCUCUUUCAGGUCUGCGGCUUCAACCAAUAUUUUCAAGAAGUACUAAAGAAGCAACUAAAAUUAUAACCAAAGUUGUGGAACCAAAAAUUAAAGUGAUUGAAGGCAGUCUUCAGCCUAUUAUCAAAACUGAAGGACCCACAAUAACAAAGGUCAAAAUUGAAGGUGAACCUGAGCUCAGACUGAUUAAAGAAGGUGAAACAGUAACUGAAGUGAUCCAUGGAGAGCCAAUUAUUAAAAAAUACACUAAAAUCAUUGAUGGAGUGCCUGUGGAAAUAACCGAAAAAGAGACAAGAGAAGAACGAAUCAUUACAGGUCCUGAAAUAAAAUACACUAGGAUUUCCACUGGUGGUGGAGAAACAGAAGAAACACUGAAGAAAUUAUUGCAGGAAGAGGUCACCAAGGUCACCAAAUUCAUUGAAGGAGGUGAUGGUCAUUUAUUUGAAGAUGAAGAAAUUAAAAGACUGCUUCAGGGAGACACACCUGUGAGGAAGAUACAAGCCAACAAAAGAGUUCAAGGAUCUAGAAGACGAUCCAGAGAAGGUCGUUCUCAGUGA